UUCAGUUCACAAAGUAACAUGUCAAAAUUGGAUUAGAAAGAAAGCUUCUCAGAGUCUACAAGGAACAUUUUCUGUAUUUCAUCUUUUAAUCAGCUGCUUAUUGUCUGCACUGAGCUUCCUAUCCAGCAAUGGAAGAAGAAGAGAUUGUUGGUUUUCUUACAAUAUCCGCAACAAGAAUAACAGGCACGCUACUAUUAGCAGCAAAUUAUUACAGCUCAGCAAAUGAAAUCAUUUCAAGAUCAGCCCUGGGGACUAUAUUAAUUAUUUUAUCUGCUAUCUUGGCUUAUGCAGGGUACCAGAAAAACUCUACCAAAGAAUAUAUGACUGUGACAUUCAGCAUGACAGUAUCAAGCCUUUGGUGCAAUUCUGGAAUUAUCAAUCUCUUGACAGAGUAUAACGUGGUGAAAAACAAAGAGGCAUUUCAAAAUGCAAUGCUGCCUGGCCUCAUUGCGAUUUCAGUUUCUCUCUUUAUUAUUGGAGGUGUAGGAACCUUUCAAAGUCAAGGACCUUUAUCUUUAAUGGCUUUUGCACUGUCUCUUGCCAACUUCCACCUUGUUGGCUUGUUCGAAAACAGGAAUUUGGGGGCAUCAGCUACUGCUUGCAACUUUAUGAUAGUCUCAGCUAUAAGCCUUUAUCUCGUAGCAAUACGUUUUUUUCCCCUUCCUGCACAAAAAAAUGCACCAGUUGUUAACAAGUCAAUUACCUUAAAAAAAAAACUUAACAAAAACUGCCCAGUGAACAAUCCUCUAAUUGUCACUGGAAUUAUAGCUAAUAUUACAUCUUCUGUAGUCUAUUUUGGAAGACUUGUUGGCAUUACCAACAUACUCUUCGUUGGUCAUGUUCCUUGGUUAUGGACAUCAGGGCUAUACCAGUUAAUUGUGUUUUUUGCAUCAUUAUGGGCACAGGAUGUUUUGUAUGCCUCCUUUUUUAGUUUCACAGCAAUUCUGAACUUUUCCGAAGGAUACUGCCUGUUGAUCGAACACCAACCAUCAAAUGAAUUCAUUUUACCCUUCCCGUUCAUGAUUGUGUUUGCAUUUCUAUUCUUGGUAUUGGCAUGUAUAAUGUGUUUGCGAAAUCUAUUUGAUGGGCUUUAUACACUGCUCUUUGCCAUUAGUUGUGCCGUGUUAAGCUACAAUGCCAGUGGAAUUCCGAAUAAUGCAGUGCACACCGUUAUCUUUGCCGCUUCUAUACUGAAUACCUGUGAGAAACUUUACAUCUCAAACACAGAUAUGAAGAUCUCUUAUGGACAAUGGAUCACCGAAAAAAUAUUUUUUCGUUUUAGAUUUAUUAAACUAAGGCAAAGAAAUGGCAAUCACUUUGCUCAUUUAUCUUGCUUUAAGAAUCACAAAGCGGAUAUUACUGGUCAUGCGUUCAACACACUUGCUGCUUUUUGCAUUAUAACAGAAAAGGAUGCAAGUUUCAUAUUAUUAAUAGCUACUGGAUGUAUGGUGCAUAUAAGUGGUUUGCUCUCAGCAUCAAAUGGAAAGACUUUGGAAAGUUUUGCUUUCAUAUUUCAUGGAAUCAUGUGGGUAGUCUGGGGUUUAAUCAAAUGUAAAGUUUUUGGAAGUGACAUUAGGAAUUUUAAUAUGGCAAUGCCAGUUAUUAGUUUCUUGAUGGUUAAUAGUCUAGUAACCAUCUCUGUUCUGGUACUAAAUAAAGCAUGGCUUUUUAUUUCUCUUACUCUUGAAAUUCUCUUAAUAGCUCUCUUACUCAAUACAUUGAAUAUUCUGUCUGUCAAAUACAUCAUCGCUUUUAGUGUUUUGUUUGGGGUGGUAUGCUUCUACUGCUUUUUGACGGCCCUGUUUAAUGCUAUUGUUGAAAAACCUCAGCUGCCAUGGGGCGAGCCAUUCAUAAAACGCAACACACUGCAACACACGAAUCCUAAGGAAUAUCCUCAACCAGCCAACAAAGUCACCUCAAUUAUGAAAAUCGCAGAAAUAAUGAACGAAGGAGGACUUUGUGUAAUUCCAACAGAGGCUACCAAUGUCAUAGCUGCAUCAUGUUAUUUUUCUGAUUCUGUGAAACAAAUCUCACAAAUAAACCUGAAGAAUAUCGAUAACGAGAUUUCACUCUGUAUCUCUGACUUAGUACAAAUGCAGGCUGUUAAAUAUCUGUUCAAUGGUAUGAUUUGGUAUCUUAUUGAAGCUCUCUCGCCUAACCCUAUUGGUCUAAUUCUACCUAAACAAGGAUGUUGGCUAGACUGCUUAGGUCUACAAAAUGAUUUAUCGUAUUUGGGUACCAGUCAUACUGUCACGUUGUAUGUAUCCGAUUGUCAAGUUACCAACCAAGUCAUUGAUAUGGUUGGUCCCCUAGCUAUACGGGUUCUGGGGAAGGAAUGUCAGGAACUUUGUGAUCAACGUUGUGCAAUGCUGCUUACACAGGUAGAUGGAAUCCUCUUGGACGCACCUUUCAAAGAGGACAGUGGGAUUACUGUUGUAGACUGCACACAGAUAGACAAGGGACUUAUUGAUGUAAAGAUUGUUGGAUCUGUAUCAAAAAUACAGGUCAUGGAUAUUUUUAAUGCAAUCACUGCAGGUCAAGCAAAUGGCAUGGACACUGAGAACAGCGUCUACCUGUGAAUUUUCAAUGAAUAAUUUUUUUUAAACCCAUUUCACACCUCUUUGAAACAUGUUUUUUGACAGUUAAUAUGAUUCAUUUAUUAUGUUAAACUGACUACAAGUUCUGUUAAUUUAUAUAUUGUAUAAUAA